AUGGAUCAACUAACGAAUAAUUCUUGUCAAAUCGAUGCAUUAUCUUUCAAGCCGGAAACAUGGCAAACUUGGGGUGUUGGAUUAGUAAUUGUAACAAUCUCAGCUUUUGCAUCACCAUUAUGCAUACUAUUUGUACCACUUCUAAAUAAACAGCUUUACGAACGUGUAAUGACAUUUUUGGUAGCUCUUGGAAUUGGAGCACUCUCUGGUUCCGUCAUUUUUAUCAUGCUACCACAUGCUUUUGAAGUGACUGAUGAAGAAGCAUUAGUGAAAUCAUGGAUUGUUCUUGCAUCACUUUAUGCAUUUUUUGCUGUCGAUAGGAUACUCAAGUUUGCUAUGGAAAUUAAACGGCAUCGGAAAUCAUACAAAGGAGUUGAAAAUAAUGGAAUUUGCAAAACUGAUUCUAUCUUGGCACUUUCAAGAACAAGAAGUCGUGAAAAUUCUUAUGCUAAAGAUCAGAUUGAGCAAAUUCAGGCAGAAAUUGAAAGUGCAGCAGUUAAUUCAGCCAUCACCAGAACAUUUUCAACGCAUAAACGAGUACCAGUAAUUCACAUAGAAGAUACAAAUAGUCAUACACAAAAAAGUAACAAUCUUCAAGUACCGCAACCAAUUGCAACAAUUUAUUCUUCAUCUUCAACAUCUUUACAACGAUGCAAAAAUCAAGUGAGCGAAGGUGAUACAAUAAGUGUAUCUGUAGCAGUAGUUGAACAAAUGGAAGUUCGACCAGAAGCACUGGAAAUUUCUAGUAUCGCUUAUAUGAUAUUAUUUGGUUCUUCUGCUAAUAAUUUCGUUGAUGGGAUGAGUAAUGGUGUAGCUUUUGCGGAAUCUUUUGGACGUGGUUUGAGCAUUGGUAUCGCUUGUAUAGCACAACAGUUUCCUCAAGAACUUGGCACACUGGCAGUCUUGGUGCAAUCGGGAUUAGGUCUAAAGAAGACAUUGCUAUUGAAUCUGAUACCAGCGGGAUUAAGUUAUCUUGGAUUUAUUAUUGGAGCACUGCUUGAUGAUUACAGUAAAGGCGCUGAUGUGUAUGUUUUUGCCGUUUCGUCUGGAAUGUACCUAUAUGUUUUCCUGGGAACUUUGAUUCCUGAAAUGCGUGAAGCAACAAGUGAAUUAAUAAAUAAUAAUUUUUCUGAAAGUAUUGUGGUUACUGUGCUUCAAAGUUCGGGACUUUUGUUUGGUCUUUCAUUUAUUUAUUUCAUGUCACUGAAUGCUAAUAAAAUACAUUUCUAA